AUGGGGUGCUCGGAGGGGGGCCCAGGGGGUGCAGAGCUAGGGGUCUCAGGAAUCAGAAGCAAGGCCCAGGAACCUCCCUGGGAGCUGAGAGACCCGGCAGGGGGUCCUGGGGCCAUUCUGGGCUCUGCCCACCCCAGCUCCCUGCAGUUCCAGGGGGAGUGGUUUGUCCUUGGCCUGGCGGGCAGCGACCAUAGGAAGGCAGAUAGGUCCCUGCUGAACCCUUUCACCGCAACGUUUGAGCGAAAUGAAAAAAGCCGCCUUGAAGUGUCGUACGCCAUGACCCGGGGCCAGCGCUGUGUCACCUGGUCUUACGUGCUGAUUCCAGCGACUCAACCUGGGAAAUUCUCGGUGGACAACAGUGGGGUGCCCGGAGCAGACCCUGAGGAGGUGCUGGUGUACGACACUGACUAUACCACCUUCGCCCUCAUGCUCUCCAGACGCCAGUCGGGCAGCCGGGAGAUCCUCAGGGUCAACCUGCUGUGCAGAACGUGGGCGAUACAGACCCAGGUGCUGAGCAAGUUUGUCUGCUUGGUCAGAGCUCAGGGCCUCUCAGACAACAACAUCGUCUUCCCAGACUUGACAGGUAACAAGCUCCUGGUGGGGCAGGGCCUGGACGGAGGGUGGGCAUCUGCCUCUGGGCCUCAGAAGCCCUGUGGGAGCCCAGCGGGUGGGCACAGCCUGUGCUCGGGGUCCGCAUGUGGAGUGCUGGUGGCGCCCAAGAGUUCAGCCUCAGCUUGAACUGAGGGGUCUCAUGGCUCCUUGGUCUCUGCCCCAACUUGGGUCCCUCUGUCCUGGGCCACCUCCUCCCUUCAUUCCUGGAGUGUUUCUCAGCAUGCCCUGCAAGUGCACAACCACAUGCGCACACACUCACAGGCGUGGGCACAGAACACGUGCAGACGUGAACACACAGACAUGCAGGGCUCACACACACGCACAUACCCACUUACAUGUGUGCACAGGGAGAAGUGCACACUCACAAGCAUAUUCACACCUGCACUCACCUGCAUGCUGCUGUGCCUGGAGCCCGGGUCUGCAGUGAGUCUGGGGGCCGGGGUGGGGGGGGUGCUUCCUGCGGAGCCUGGGCGGGGGGCGGGGCAGCGCCUGGGGGUCACCUCCCUCAGCUGCUCACUGGCCUCUCCAACCUCAGCCCCUUCCCCUGGAGUGGCCGUGGGCCCCCUCUCUCCCUCCCUCUUGCCCCUUCUCCUCUCCCUUUCCUGAAGCUGCUGUCUGUCUCCCUUGCCUCCUCCUGGCUCUGCCCCCCGCGUCUCUCCUCCAUCCUCCAUCCCAGGCUCUGUCUUCCCCAUCAGACCAGUCAGUCCUUCAUGAUACCUGUUGAAGGAUGACGUGGCUCCUGCCCAACCUGGUCUGGCCUCACUGCCCAGCACUGCCCUUCUCCGCUCUCAACAUGAAAUAAAUGCACCGUAUUGGG